AUGAACGUCGACAUUAUACCACCAAACCUGCCCCCAGAGCCCGUACCAGUCAAACCAACGAACCCAGCGCUUCGGGCAUUAGGAUGGUUUACAGGAUGGAAGCUUCCAUCAAGGAAUUGGAUGAUUUUUUAUAUGGUCACGUCAACAGGUCUUGCCUUGGCAUUAUAUGAUACGUCUGAGCGUAGAAAGAUUGCUGCAGACUUUAAGGCUCGAGCCAGUCCGCUGGCCGAUGUGCCCAUGCAGCCAUCAGAGUUGCCUAGAAGAAUCCAGCUCUACAUUGCUCCAAGUCAAUUUGCACGUUACAAUUUCAAGGAGUAUGUCAAGCCAGUGUUUGAUGCAGCUGCAUUGGAUUACGAGCUGAUACAACCAGACGACCUUCUCAAAGUACAGGAACACGUCAAGAACUAUAUUUGGGCUGGUAAAGCCGAACAUCGAGGCUACAAAACUCCAUCGAAUGUACCAUACAAUCCAUAUAUACCACCACCUAGGCCAGCAUACGAUCCAACAGAGGGGUUGGUAGCUGUUGGACGAGGAGCCUGGAGAGAGCUCAUGAAGGGAGUCAAUGAAGCAUGUCUCACACUAGGAGAGAAUGAAGAGAAGGCUAUAGAAGCUCAAGAGCAGCUACGAAAGAUGAACGAACAGAGAAUGUCGCGACGGCCCUUCUCGUCUAUAAUUCAGUCAACUACCAAUAGGAAUAGUAGGACGUGGUAUGAUUGGGUUGCUGGUAAGAAGCCUGAAGAUCCAGUCGCUCCAGCAGCUAUAGCAGCACCGAUACAGCAGGACUUGAUGCAGGAUGCUGCUGUAACAACUUCUACUGAAACAGAAUCAACAACUACUGCACCACCACCACAGCCAGAAGCACCUCUACCACCAGUAUUAUCUAUAGACAACAUGCCAACAGCAUUCGCACUACCACCAGUAGGUUACAUCUCAGGUCAAAACCUGACAGGCUGGACCAACUUUCCACUUCGUAUAUAUCACUGGUUUACUUCGCGUAAUACAGCUAGAAGAGUAGGAGAAGAGGCAUUGAAGAUCGCAUUUGGUGCUAAACGACCAUUAUACUCAUCGGAUCUAGCUGUUGGUAUGAAGGAUAUUGGUGAGGAGGGCGAAGAAGGUGAUGGUAUUCAACUGGAUACAGCAAUACUUGAGAAAUUAUCAAUAUAUACGGAAACCACUGCAUAG